CUGCAACACCGCCCUCUUUUGCCCCGGACUAAAAAUGACAUGUCUGCUUUUGUCAGCGACAACCAGCUCAGUCAGACAGUCGUCGGUUCGCCUGUAGUAUAUUUGCCAGCGAGCCAGUCAGCUAGCCAGCCAGCAACAACCAGCCGCCUGAAUGUAGAUCCGCAUGGGCUGCUACUACUGCUCCAUCUCCCUGAAAAUACCCCGGCGGAAUCAUAAGACACGGAUCCCAGGAUGGUGUUAGUGCAUGUAGGAUAUCUGGUUCUUCCCGUGUUCGGCUCAGUAAGAAACAGAGGAUCCCAUUUUAACCGGCAGCAGCAGCAACAGCAGCAGCACAGCCAUGCUACCUCUUGCCGGCACUUCCAGUUAGGUCCUCAGGCCUCGCUGCCCAUGGACUUCCCAAUGCCCCAUCCAGGGCAGCCACAGUCGGGCAUAAACCCCCACCUGGCCCCUCCUGGCCACCAGCACGGUCCUCCGCUACACCCACCUCUCAACCCCCUGCCCACUCCGCAGUUCCAGGACAUCCCCGGCCCUCCCUUCCUACCUCAGGCAUUACACCAGCAAUACCUCCUCCAGCAGCAGAUCCUCGAGGCUCAGCACCGACACAUUCUGCCGCCCUCCAGUAGACGCACCCCAGAGAGAGUCCCUCAGCAGCCACACAGACUGCGACCAGGCUAUGAGUUUGGUCCCCCUCUACAUGUCCCCCCUCAGCCUGUGGUGCAGCAGCCUCGCUACCUGGCUGAGGGCACAGACUGGGAUCUUAGUGUGGACGCUGGGCUGCCCCCUCACCAGUACCACAUCCACCCGCUGCCGCAGCACUAUCAGCACUACUUGACCUCCCCCAGGAUGCACCACUUCCCCAGAAACAAUGCCUCAACACAAGUGGUCGUCCACGAGAUCAGAAACUACCCGUAUCCCCAGUUGCACUUGCUGGCUCUGCAGAGUCUCAACCCUUCCCGGCACGCCUCUGCCGUUAGAGAGAGCUAUGAGGAGCUGCUGCAGCUGGAGGACAGAUUGGGCAGCGUUAAUCGUGGAGCUGUCCAAACCACCAUCGAGAGAUUCACUUUCCCCCACAAGUACAAAAAGAGAAUACCGCAGGAUCUGAAGAUGUGUCUGGAUGACGAGGAGCUGGACACGGAUGAAAAGUGCACCAUUUGUCUGUCGAUGCUGGAAGACGGAGAGGAUGUAAGGAGAUUACCCUGCAUGCACCUUUUUCACCAGGCCUGUGUGGAUCAGUGGCUGGCCACCAGCAGGAAAUGCCCCAUCUGCAGAGUGGACAUCGAGACCCAGCUGACCCCCGACAGUUGAUGGUUCCUGUCGACCCCUGCGGCUUUAGAUGUGGUCUUGUUAUCUCUCCAUCGUCUCCCCCAGUCCCUGGGGAAGUCCUGCCAAACAACCCUCUUCCCUUCUGCAUCAAUCAAAGAGCCUGCCUUCUGAGACAGCCGUGACAGAGGGAUCAACAAAGCACACUCAACGUACAACACAACGAGAGACGGGGCGGUUGAUGCACAGACAGGUGGCUGGACUGAUUUGAAUGUCAGUUCAAGGGACUUUGCUGGAUGUGAAGGGUAGGAGCAGAGACGCGUAUGGACGGAUGUGCUGAGGCUUCGCACGACUCUGUCAAAUUGUGUACUGCUGUGUACGUUUUUCCAUACGGCUGCCAAGAGAGAGGAUGCUCUUGACUGCCAACCUCCAGAGCUCAGUGUGGUGUUUUAGCACCAUUUCCUAGCUGGUAUAUCCAAGCCCUCUGCCCUCUCCCUUCUAGGCCUGUGAAAAAUCCUUUAAGCUGCACUCUGCCCAAGCCCUGACUCAGCACAUCUGUACAGAACAUUGUCAAAUGAUUAGCAUGAGGUUGUUUGGUGUGAACUCUUGUAGCUGAACGCUUGUGGUGUAAUGGAAUAUAGUACUGAAUAAGUAUUUACAGAGUAACAGUGUUGUGUAGCAAGCAAAAGGCCUUUCGGAGAAAUAUGUUUGUCAAAAGCAAUCCUGCAGACAGGAUUCUAUUGAGUAUUCAGCAACAAGAGAAAGAGCUAAUUAAAAGAAAAACAAACAAAAAAAAAGGCCAAAAAUCCCUCUUUCUUGUCUAACAUGGUUUUGGAUUUACAGUUAGUAGACGCCAUCAGAGCUAACUGCAGGCAUGGCUUUCAGUGAUGUGCGUAGUGUCGUAGCGGGGCCUCUAUUACCUAGAGCGGAGGCCUCGGAUGUGCAUGCUGUAUGGCAGGCUUGGGCUGUGUCGUUAAUAUUGUGGAGCAAGUAGAAACAGGAACUGUGUCUGUGCAUGUGAACCGUAUAUUAUGAUCAUUCAUAGAGGAGGACAAGAAUGCACCCAAUUGCCCCACACCCAUCCCUCACCCUGUUACUCAUCCUGAGUAGACCACGCUUGCCUUUAGACGCUGAUCUCAUGCCGAUGCGGCGUUUCUCUCCUAAUCACCGUGGUUAGGAUUCAAAGAUCUGCGGGUGGAUCUGGGUCUAAUGGCAACUUCUCUCCAUAGCCUCCCUCCUUACAAGGCAUGGGCCGGUAUGAGAUUCUCACGGGAUAAUAACAGUAAGGAAAAAUGCCACGGUUUCUUGGUUUAAAAACAAACAAAAAAAAAGUAUCACAUAAUCUAAUUGUUUUUAUUCAAGAAGAUAAAUGCUACUACUAUUUUAACUGCUGCUAAGAUAUUAUCACAUGCGCCUAUAUUAUUAUUAUUAUUACAAACUGAUAAUAUUACUUAUGAAAUCAAGCUAUUGUAGUGCACAUUUACAUGUAAACACAGAGAGUGAGCGGACACAGACGUGUGUGGACAGUAACUCUCUUUAAAAUCAGUGUCAGCUAUUUGCACUAAUUUUAAAUCAGUGUCAGCUGUAUAUGAGAUCCACAUGAUGAUAGUGUGAUCCUGAACUAGUCAGAAAUGUUCAGAUGAAAUUUGAAGUCUGGCUCAGCAGGCCAUUUUAAAAGAUAUUGAGAUUGUACGAAGUGAUGGCAUAACUAAACAGUAGGGGUGUAACGAUACAAUCAGCUUACGGGAUAAAAGAAGCACACGACAUUUGGUUCACAACAAUGAGAGCAACUUUAUAAAAAUUUUUUGGCAAAAGGGAAAUCUUUAGUUUUUUUGUUUCACAAAGUAAAUAUUUCACAAGUCAUAAACUGUUUAAAAUAAUUUAGAAUCAGUCUAAAAUAUUAUACUUUUCAGUUUUUGGCACAGAUUUGAAGCUGUGAAGCAGAUGCUAUAUUAGCGGUUAGCGGCUAACGGUUAGCCGUUCGACAGUUAGCUAGUGGUGUUAUUAUAGUGCUUAGAUAUUGUUUGUAUCUUAUCUGUCAGUUUCUUUAUUUAUUUAUUUUUGCUAGUAGCCAAAUUAUGCUUUAUUUAAUGUUUGAAUCACACAAGGGAGAUGUCAGCUGCAUUUUUUUGGGGGGGUAAAAGUACCCCAAUAGAGAAAGCUAUACCAAAUCCUAAACUGUGUUAAGAAGAACCACAAUUUAUUGACUCAUCCAUGUAUUGCAAUUUUUAUGCUUUAUGUUAGAAUGACUAGGAAUGUUGGAUGUGCAUUUGGAACUAGCUCUUCACUGAUGCUUCCCUAAAAGCAUCAGUAAAAUUUUGUAUCACAGUGAGAUUGAACCAUGACUGUUGUAGCACAGCAGCUUGUUUAUAGAGGAAUGUUUAUUUGUGAGGCCCCGAUGGUAUGCAGAGUAGGAUUUAUUGAAAAAAGUUUGAAUUUUCAAUUAGUUUUAUCGUCAAUUUUAUUGUAAAAGAAAAUGAGCCCAUAAUUCCCACUCCUACUGACACUGUGGACAUUAGGUAUGAAAUUGUUCACAUUAUUCUCUUGGGGGCAAUUUAUUUUUACAUGCUAAAAGUGACAUGCUAACGCUUUUGUAGCGAUGUACCAAUCAAAAUAUUUGUGGCUGGCUUGAGCUUUUAAUUUAUGAUAAUGUUUUUAAUUUUACUUUACAAGCUAUAAUAUAAAAAAGUACAAAACAGCUAUUUAAAAUAUUUUUACCAGCCGUGAGCAGUCUUCCGUGUUUUGUAUGUGUGACAUUAGGGGUGACGCCACGCAGUGUGUGUCAGAGAUCAGGCAGUAAAACAGAGUUUAACUAAUACUUCAUAACAAAGACAGAAUUAUUCUUAUUAAGUGACAUUUUUGAUGUCAGAAAUGUCAGAAAAUACUACACUAGGGUGUAGUGCAAUACAAUAACUUGUUGCAUCUCUGCUUCUUUGACUUCAUUUCACCAGAAUACCCUUUUUGAUCCUAAAAAUAGCCAACUUCUCGACUCAGUAACAGCAUCCAAACCUAAUGAGGUUGUUGUGUCAUGUCUGGGGUUGUCACUCAUUGGAAAAAGGUCAGAUUAUUAAGAAUUGUAUUGGUCACUUAAAAAGGACUGACCGAGCAGAAAAUUCUCCAUUUCUGAUCAACAGCUGAUUUCUCGAUGCAUCUCUACUCUUGUUUGCUGCUCCUUUCAUAGAAAAGUCCUACUGUUUUAACACGGGGGAAAGGUUUAAGAGAACACCUACUCUAUGCUUAAACAACGCCAUCUCAGAAAAAUGGGUUCAAACCUCAGGUAUGGAAAAUAUGAUGGAAAAUCUUUAGUGGUAUUGAAACCGUGACUUUUCAAAAAAUUGUGACAUACCGUAAAACCAGAAACCUUCCCAUGCCUGCUCAUGUCUUGAUGGCACUCACAAGAGGCUGAUGAUGCAGUGCCUGAGUCUUGCCAUUUGAGUGACAUUUCUAUUUCUUAUUACCAGAACCUUAUUGCCUAUCAAACAAGCACAUGUGAUUACUAUAUUCUAGUAAAUCGCCUCUGUUGUGUAUCAGCUCCUUGCAUUUCAAUCCUAGUUGCGCUGGCUGUUUGAAAAAUUAUAAGGAAAAGACUGUGUGGUGUUACAGGGAAUAUCCAAACUAGUCUGCCUGUGAAAUGUGCUAGAAUGUGUACGAUUGUCCCCCACCCACUCUCCCUCAUGGUGCUUGUGUAUGGUAUUGCUAGAACUGUGAAAUGUUCGGUGAUAGACGCUGUUUCUCUGUUUCAUGCAUGAACCAUGUUGGCAUAUUUCACUUGAAGGAGGGUGAAAGGGAGGAAAAAGCCAUCCAUUUGAAAAAUACCAAACAACUGUUCUUAACAUUGAUUUUAUUUUAAUUGUCUUUUUCUUCCAUUUCUUUUCUUUUUUUCCUUUUAAUCUUGUGUUUUCUUGUUUUGUUUUUUUGUUUGUUUUUUUUGCUCACCUGCCAAUCGGGACAUGGUACUAAUACGCCAAAACCUUGUCCGUUUUAACCAUAGUGAAGAAGAAGCCGCAAUGCUGCAAAAAAACAUAUUUAUUGUCGUUCUAAUGUAGCUUGUGUUUUGUAAAUGCACUAUAAUAUGGCGUUGCCUGAUAUUUUGGUUUGGUGGUGUGGGUACUUCUUGUCUGAGGUUUUGUGUUCUCUUUCAGUUACAAGUAUUUUCAUGCUUCCUUGUGUAAUAUUGGAAGGUGACUUGACUGUUUGUGUUGCAUUUUCAUUUUAUUUUACUUACGUAUGUAACCUCCAUUCCAAAAAAAAAAGAAGAAAAAAUUACAAACACAUUAAGAAUGGAGGUUUUUGCUAGUCCACAUAGAAUGCUGUGAUUAAAGAUGCCUUAAGUAUUUAACAAUCAUUAUUUAUUACUAACUGUAGCUAGCUAGCUAUUGUGGUGGAAUAUUUAUUGUCUCUGUCUCAUAACUUUGCAAUUUAAUCAAUAUAUUUAUUUAAAAUAACACAAAAUAUAAAAAAAAAUACCUCAUUAUGCAUUGGUUGGUGGGGAUGCUUGUGCAUGCCGUCUGUGUUUUCUUUUUCAAAGGAGGAAAAUUAGAAAGGGUGACUGAGGGACUAACCAGCAUGGUGCUGUUGAUCUAGAUUACAUUCCAUUUAUGUCAUUUAUUGAUUUUAUCGUUGAAUGUUUAAACCUUUUUUUUUUAUAUCACCCCUGCUUCCAUCUACCACAGAUCAGGGUACAACCCUGUUUGUCUUAGCUUGCUUUUGCUUUGCUCAUAAUAAUUAGUGAUAUUUUAUUUGACCUUACAAUUAUAAUCGUCAUAAUAUCCCUCAUAUCAACAUGUUGUUUUAGUGCUUUUUUUAUUUAGGAACCACAACAGUGUCACUAUCUGUUACUACAUAUUGCUGGGAGUUGCUUCGUGUGGGAAUUUAUGGGACUUAUCUUACAUGCUACCUUGAGCCAUUGAUCUUUUCAGCAAUCUUCUGGUGUACUGUGGUUUUACAAUAUCGAUGUUUCACACCCUGGUAUGAUAAGCUAACUGCGUUUUUCGGUGUGCAUUUCUUAUUAAUACUCUACUAAUCCUGCAAAUUAUUCUAACAUGUAUUGGAUCGGAAUGAGGCUGACUGGUCUUACUAUUAUUUCAUUUCGUGCUCUCCCUGGCCUUACCCCGUGCCCUCCACCGCGUACCCCCGGUAACUCCAGACUGAACUGGACAGUAGCCAUAGUAUUAACUCAAGCUGAUGAACCGGAAUGAACAGUAGAACUCAAAGCACAAGCUUUUUAAUGCAUGUCCUUCUCAGGUUUUCCUAUGUGUAUGUGGGAGUAGCUCUGUAGACGUGUUUAAUAUGAUGCUGUACCUUCUUGAAUAUUUCAGAUGUUUCUUUGCUGCUGAGAAAAAUGUUGAUUUUUAACCUGCCAGUGAAAAAGGGAAGUGGCCAUCUUUGUACAACACACUGCUGUUUUGCUGUAACUGCGCAAUGUUUUAUGAUCUUGAGUAUUUUAUAGAAAUGUAGAAGUAUGUAUCAAUAAUAUGAAAGCAAUAGCUAAAUCUUAAUGAAGAAUAACAUGAUCAGUGAAUAUUGUGGAAAAUCUUUAGAUUCACUCUGGGUGGAUUUUGUACUGUAUUUAUUACUAAUGAUGAUGCAAAAAGUUGCAUAGCUUAACCCAAACUGUUCUGUCUCUUUUUUAUUUAUUGUCUUGUAUAUGAUCUUUUUGUAUGUGUUUUUCAAAUAAACUGCCUAAAAUGCUGACAACUAA